AUGAAAUUCUCUUUAAAAUUGGCCACCUUGUUCCUGUUCGUAAGCUUAUGCACCUCUUAUGCGGCUAGUUUACCGGUAACAAGUGAAACCGGAACUGGAGAAAUUGAUACAGGCUCCAGUGGCGUUGGUACUGAGACCGGUUCCAGUGGUAGUGGUGAAACUGCUACUGGUUCAAGUGGUAGUGGAGAAACUGGAUCUAGCGGUAGUGGUGAAACUGGCAGCAGUGAUGAAAUUGUAAGCGCUGAUGAGGAGGAAGAAAAUGAUGAUAGUGAAGAACCAGAAGCUGAUUUGAGUGAUGAUGAAGUUGCCGAAGAAGAAACUGCUGAAGAUGAAGUUGAUGAAGAUGAAGUUGAUGAAGAUGAGGCUGAUGUUGAAGAAGAUGAACAAGAUGUUGAUAAUGAUGAAUUGGAAAUGGAUGAAAAUGAAAUCAAUGAUGAUGACGUUGAAGACGAUUUAGAAAAUGAUGAUGAAGAAGAAUCUGAUGAAACCGAUGAGUCCGCUGUUUAA